AUGUCUCUUGACCAUAUACUUCCCAAUUCCCUGGUUGGAACGGCGAAACUGCAACUAGGCCUUCCAACAACCGCACCGGACACUCAUGUGCCGAACUGCUACCUCGAGGAACUGCGGCGUCACCACGCUUUAUACCCUGAGGAGAAUCACUUUCGCGUGACGCUGCAACCCAACAUUGGAUAUGGUUCGGUUACUUGCCUAAAAGAAGGAUGUAACACGGUUAUCCCUCUGAGUCGACGAUUACGUGCCCCAGAUGGGGGUAUACAAGAUGGGUUAGGAUCUUUAUCGGCUUAUAGAAGCCAUUUGUCCUCCGUCAAACACAAGGAAUCUCAUAUCAAGUCCAACCGCAUACAACCCACAGUUCUAUCAGCCGCAUCUGCCACGAAAGCUAAUUCACUACAUAUAUCUACUGGACCUGUGAAGAAAGAGUCAUCAAACAGCCAGCUGCCAACUAGCAAAUCCAUCAGUCGUCCUUUAUCUUCAUCAUCCAACUCGAAACUACAAGAAAACGAACAGCCAUUUGUUCGUAUCAAACUUGAGCCACAAGAAGCCCAAGUCCCUCGCAAGCGCCUGUCAGACGUUGCUUUUGACGCUGAUAGAUCGGUGGUGCUUGACGCAUCCCAACGCGGCGCUCUAACAUAUAUCCCGUCAAAGAAAGUGAAAACAGAAGAUUCGGCUACAAAAAUACCUUUGGCGCAAGUUACCAACACACCCAUCGCUAGUGGGUCUCGCUCUUCUUCCGAUAUGAGUUUUCUCUACGCUGUCAAUGGUUUACAAGAUCCGCAAAGUAUGUUGGAGAACGUGCGUGUAGCUAUCUCUGGGCAAGAGUUACUACUUCGCAAAUUUUAUCCUAUCACCAAUGUUUCCCACCAAGACUUUAUGAAAAUUCAGGAGUGCGAAGAUGAGUUGAGGAGACUAAGAGCACUGGAGCAGGAGUAUGUUCGCCACUCUAUGGAUAUCUACUCAGGACCUAGCAUCAUGCAGUCAGCACAGCGCCCAUUCCUGGUGAAACCCGAGCCCGUCGACCUUCGCUAUCCCCAACCCCAAUUUGACAGACCUUCCACCAAUUCAACCGCGUUUCCCUCCCCUAUGGACAUAGAUCGGCAGCCCGUCAAUAGGUUCAAUGAGGUCAAGCCAUUCACAAACCAUGCCGGACCGUCAUCGCUGAAUGGCUGGGGAGAUCGCUACAAUAUUUCAGGUUCAUCUGUUGUAAAGCCCGAACCUAUCAAGGCGGAACCUUUCAACCUUCGCAGUAGCCCAAUAGCCUCGAGCUCCAGGUCCUCCCCUUUCUCAAUUCCAGACAUCAAGCCGUCUACGGAUGUACCCAUGAGCAGCCCGUUCAACUCUGACGAUGAGGACAGCGAGGUUGAGUUGCAUGUGGAGAAUGAAAAUGCAUUCGUUUCGCAACUUGGAAUCAAUGUUCCGGCGCCCAUACACGACGAUUCUCAUGAUAGCAACGGCGAUUACCACGGUCGUGGUCGGGACAUCUUUGUCGGCCCAUUAGCCAAUGCAAACGACAUCGAAACCUUCUUGGUCGAAGCUGGUAAUGCGGAAUCUUUCGAUGGCAAUGCUAGCGUAGACAAAGCUCUCAAGUAUCUCAAUCUUCAAAACCUACAGCAGAAGCUGCACGGUUUGGAGAUUAGCCUCAUGCCUCAUCAAGUGAUGGGUGUAGCAUGGAUGUUGGAGAAAGAGCGGAGCAGUUUGAAAGGUGGUUGCCUAGCAGAUGAAAUGGGUCUCGGCAAGACUGUGCAAAUGAUAGCCACUCUGAUCCAGAAUCGGUCAGAAGACCCGGCCUGUAAAACUAAUCUUAUCAUUGCACCCUUGGCGUUGUUGGACCAAUGGAAGCAAGAGAUUGAGACGAAGACCAAUCUCGGUUUGCGAUGUCAUAUUUACCAUGGUCAAGGAAGGACUCGAAGCAAAUCAGAGUUGAUGAAAUAUGACGUUGUGUUAACCACCUUUCAUACGAUGGCGCACGAAUGGCCUGAUUACGAGACCCAGAUGAAGAAGAAAAUUAAAGCCAAAAAGAAUGGACAAGAUUUCAUUGUUGACUCGGAUGAAGAUGAGAUGUGCAAUCACACUUACCGUUCCAAUAAACGUAAACAGCAAGCUGGAAUCUUGUUCCAAGUUGAGUUUUACCGGAUCAUCGCCGAUGAGGGUCAGAAUAUUAGGAACAGACGUACUAGGAUGUCGAGGGCUAUCACUGACCUCCAAAGCACCUAUCGCUGGUGUUUAACUGGCACUCCGAUUGUCAACUCUCUCGCAGACGUAUACGGCUUGCUGAGGUUCUUAAAGCUUAGGCCCUGGUAUGAUUGGACGCACUUUCAAAGCAAGAUCGGGAUACUUGAAAGGAAGAAUCCUGGCCUUGCUGUUGCACGGCUGCAGAAAGUCAUGGCCCUCUUCCUCUUGCGCCGAAAAAAGGACUCCAAACUCGACGGGAGGAAUCUCAUCGAACUGCCAGAGAAGAAGAUUGACCUCGUCAGGUUGGAGUUCUCCGAAGAAGAGCGAGAAAUCUACAACAUGGUCGAAGCGCGCAGUCAGGCUAGAUUCAAUCGAUACCUACGGGCCGGUACUGUUUUGAAAAACUACCACCAAGUCUUAGUCCUUUUGCUUCGACUCCGGCAAAUCUGCUCGCACCCAUCCUUGAUACAAGAAGGCGGAGAAGCUUUUGUACCCCCUGAAGAAGCCCAUGUGAAGCCCGAACUGUCGACUGAGCUAACUCGUGCCGCCCGUCUGGUGUCUCCAGAGUUUGUUGCAAAAAUGAAGGAGAGGUUCUUGCAGCACGCCUUGGACCGCAUAGCAGCGGAGAAAAACUCUGCUGAAGCUACAUUCGAAGAAGAAGAUUGUCCGAUCUGCUACGAUGCCAUGACCGACGCUGUCGUCACAGGCUGCGACGUUGUGAAGCGGGCAGCGGACGCUCCUCUUUGCCCUGUCUGUCGAGCAGGUAUCUCCGAGAACACCUUGUUCUCUCGUCAAGCUUUCGAACCCACGGAUAAGGAGCUUGAUCCAGACAUCGAGAGUGACGUCGAGGAGUGUGUUCCUAAGAGGGACAAGGGGAAAGGGAAAGCUACUGCAAGACCGGCCGAGUCGGACUCUGAUGAUGACGACAUGAGCGACUUCAUCGUCCAAAGCGACGAGGACGAAGAAGAGAAGGACGCCCGUCGUGCUUUGAAGAAACGCCUCGGCAAGAAAAGGGCCAACAUCAUCCUCGACUCUGAUGAUGAGCCUGACACGCCUGAAGAAAAGGAGAUAAUCUUCGGCGUCCGCAAGAAACACGUCCCAACAGAGGAUAUCAAACUUAUGCCAAAGUUCUUGCCUUCCACCAAGAUGAAGUACAUGAUGGACCAGCUCCAGAAUCUUGCGAGGGCUCAUCCAGAUGAAAAGACGUUACUCGUUUCUCAAUGGACUGGAUGCCUGUCGCUCAUCUCGGACUAUCUUACAGAAAAAGGCAUACCUCACGUCAAGUAUCAGGGCGAUAUGAGCCGAACUAAGCGUGACCAAGCUGUUCAGAUUUUCAUGUCAAAGGAGAAGGCUCGCGUCAUGUUGAUGUCGCUCAAAUGUGGAGGUGUGGGCCUGAACCUCACCCGAGCGAACAACGUCAUAUCUCUUGACCUUGGUUGGUCACAGGCGGUCGAGUCGCAGGCGUUCGAUCGUGUGCAUCGAGUGGGUCAGGAGAGAAAGGUUCUGGUGCAGCGUGUCGUCAUCGCUGACACCGUGGAAGACCGCAUCUUGAAGAUGCAGGAACGAAAGCAAACUCUUGCUGAUGGAAGUCUGGGAGAGGGUACGGCCAAGAAGAUGGGCAAACUUUCUGUGAAAGAACUUGCCAAUCUUUUUGGACUCGACGCCCGGGGUCGUCUUCUUUGA